CAUAGCACUUCAGCCCCACUGAGUCAGUCGGCGUGGAGUCCGGGCCACCUCGCCCCAUGGCGCAAACUGCGUGUGUGUGUCUGCAUCUGUUUCAAGCAUGUACUGUAGAUUGCAGGAAGUCCUCCGGCGCACACAGAUGUUUUCACAUGUCCGAGUCACAACGGGCCGCGGUGAUAGAGGAUAUGUCGUAGCGAAGGAGAUCAUUGCAGAAGCUCCCUGAGCCGGACGAUCUUGGCUGUGCAGCGAUCCUCUGCGCUGACAAGUAUCCAGCUACAUGGUAACAGAAGCUUCUCUGGGCCAGUGUGCAGAGGGUAUGUGCGGGAGAUAACGAGUGGUCAGAUAUCAAAGAAGUGCUUCCAAGCAUAGCCCAUGUACAGUAUCGAGCUCCCAGGAAAUCGAAGCGUUUCGAUAACCAGACGUCAGAUAUCGAAC